AUGGCAGGGGGGUUUCACGAGACAGCCGACUCAACAAACUUGGAUCAUGGAUGUGAGGUGAGCCAAGCCAUGGACCGAUAUACCGGGUCCAUAAACGAUCCAGGCACAGUAGAGCAUACACGCGGCAUUGGCAGGGCUUGGGCCAGGACAGGGUUUGUUGGAAGCCCAGAUGCUUGCAGAUGGGGACACGGCGACGACGAGAGUACUGCAGACAGACUGAUUAUGCCACCGCGGGACGUGUUCCCCGGCACCGUCAUUGGUACUAGCCCGUCGGUUUAUGGACAGAGGAGUGGGAAGGGUGGCAAAACCCGUUAA